AUGCCGGGUGCAGUGAUGGAGGAGUCCGAUCACAACCUGUACAACCUUCUCGGUCUGGGACCCAAGGCAAAGGAUACCGAGAUCCGUCGGGCCUUCCGAAACCUGGUCACAAGGGCCCAUCCUGACAAGGGGGGAGAUGCUGCGCGUUUCAGGCUGAUUCAGCAGGCUUACGAGGUCCUUUCUGACCCAAACAAGCGGUCCCACUAUGAUCAGACUGGCAAGAUCAUCAAGACGGCCGAGGAGGAGUUCAUGGACAGCUUUGCGGGGGGCAACUAUCGGGACAAGGUGCGUGCCGCCGAGACCUCGGAGGCCAGCAACAUCUCGGAGCAGAUCACGGUGCGCCAGUCCAAGGAGGCCGGCAGCCACGGCGCCGGCUUCGAGGCCUGGAUGCGCGGGCGCGGCAGCGGCGGGGUGCAGGUCUUCACCGCCGACGACGUCAUCGACCAGUUUGGCGUGGUGAAGGGUUCGUACGACGCGGUGCCCCUGCCCAGGAUCAAGGCCCACGCUGUGCGCUGCUCCGGCGCCGGCAGGCCGCGCGAGGUGCUGGGCGUGGAGGCCGAGGAGCUGCCUGCCGAGCUGGAGUGGGGCCAGGUCCUCGUCAGCAUACGCUACGCGGCGGUUAACCCGGCCGACCUCUACACUGUGGCCACGGGCGGGACCUACGGCCAGGAGCACGUGUCCGUCCCCUUUGUACCCGGGCACGACGCCGUCGGGGUCAUCGUCAAGGCAAGAGAGGGGACCGGACCUGGCGUGAAGGGCCUGCACGAGAACGACUGGGUGGUCCCCCUGAAGCCCUUCCUGGGCACCUGGCGCUCGCUGCUGGUGGCGGCGGAGAAGGAUCUGCUCCGCCUGGCGCCCGACGCCAUGCCCAUGGAGCAGUGCGCGGUGCUGCGGGAGACGCUGACCGCGUACCGCCUGCUGGAGGAUGCGCCGGGUCUCAAGCCCGGCGACUGCGUGGCCCUGAACGCGGCCAAUUCCGCCGUGGGCCAGAUGGUUCUCCAGCUGGCAAGCCUGCUCCGCCUCAGGACGGUGGCCGUCGUCUCCGACGACGCGGGCGGCGACUUUGACAAGACCGCGGACUGGCUGAAGUCCCUGGGCGCCUCGGUGGUCCUGCCCGACCGCGGCAACCUGAAGGCCGAGCUGGACAAGCUCAAGUUCUUCGCCAAGCCAAAGCUGGCCCUGGAUGCGGUGGGGGGACUGAGCUCCACCCGCCUCUCAGACAUGCUGGCGGAGGGGGGCCAGCUGGUGGUGUACGGCUGCAUGUCCGGCAAGUCUCCCACCUGGACCUGGCACUCCUGGGUGUUCCAGGGCAUCCAGGUGCGGGGCUUCAACAUCCGGCGCUGGGUGCAGGAGCACCGCAAGCGGGUCCCUGUCUUGCUGGAAAGCAUCGCCAAGCUGGUGAACGCGGGCAAACUCACAGCCGCCUACACCGAGUACGAGCUCGCCACCGAGUUUGGCGAGGCGCUGGAGCACGCGCUGGAAAGGGGGAAGAACACCAAGGUCCUGCUCAAGGUGUCGGACGUCGGUGUGCAGUACUGA